GCGCAGGGGGAGCCCCGGAGAGCCCCACGCGGGCGCUCCUCUUAGAGCCUCGGCGGCGGAUCGCUCCGUUCAGUGGAGAGGAGGGAGGGGAGGGAGGAAGGAGCGAGCCAGCCGGCCGGAGAAGCAAGCGGAGAGGCUCCUCCUCCUCCUCCUUCGCGGACCCCGGCCAUGGGGUAAAAGGGAGCGCGCGGACGGAACAAUACAAGCGGCGCUGGCUGGCGGCUCCACCCGCCGCGCGCGGAAGGACGGAGGGAAGCAAGCAAGGAAGGCAGGCAGGAGGCGAUGCGCUGGGCCAUCGAGGGCUGACCCGACCCACGCAGAGCCGGAGGGAUGAUCGCGGAGUUGGUGAGCAGCGCCCUGGGGCUCGUCCUGUACCUCAACACCUUGGGCGCCGAUUUCUGCUACGAUGACAGCCGAGCUAUCAAGACAAACCAGGAUCUUCUUCCUGAAACUCCGUGGACUCAGAUAUUUUACAAUGACUUUUGGGGCACACUCCUCACCCACAGUGGGAGCCAUAAGUCAUAUCGACCUCUCUGCACACUCUCUUUUCGCAUUAACCAUGCCAUUGGAGGAAUGGACCCUUGGAGCUACCAUCUUGUAAAUGUCCUUUUACAUGCUGCAGUCACAGGCCUUUUCACCAAUUUUUCCCGAAUACUCUUUGGCGAUGGUUACUGGACCUUACUCGCUGGCCUACUGUUUGCUUCCCAUCCCAUCCAUACGGAAGCAGUGGCAGGAAUUGUAGGGAGAGCAGACAUUGGAGCUUGCUUUUUCUUUUUGCUCUCUUUAGUGUGUUACAUUAAACACUGCUGGACAAGAAGCUACUCUGAAGGAACCUGGGGCUGGAUCUUGGGUUCAGGACUCUGCGCCACUUGCAGCAUGCUGUGGAAGGAGCAAGGAGUGACUGUUCUAGCAGUUUCAGCAGUUUAUGAUGUCUUUGUAUUUCACAGACUAAAAAUGCACCAAAUCAUACCUGCUGUUUAUAAGAGGAAGAAUUUGCCCCUUCUUUUGAGCAUUGGUUUAUUAAUCUUCUGGGGAGCUUUGCUGCUAGGUCUUCGCUUCUACUGGAUGGGGAACAAACCUCCCAGCUUUUCCAAUUCUGACAACCCAGCAGCUGAUUCGGACAGUUUUCUAACACGAACUCUCACCUUUUUUUACUUGCCAACCAAAAACCUUUGGCUGUUGCUGUGCCCAGACACCCUUAGUUUUGACUGGUCCAUGGAUGCUGUGCCUCUUCUAAAAACAGUCAGUGACUGGAGGAACCUACACACAGUGGCCUUUUAUGCUGGACUUCUCCUUCUUGCUUACACCAGUUUGAAAAACCCCAGCAAGGAAAGAGAAUGCAAUGGGAAAAAUGUGACAAAUGGCAAGCUGAACACCAAUGGACAUAACUGCCUCUCUGAAAUGGAAUAUAAAAGUAUGGAACUCAAGUCCUAUUUUGUAUCUAAAGAAGAAAACGGCAUUGACAAACUCUUGCGGCAGAAGCUGCCACUUCCUUCGACUGAGCACAUUGUAGUACUAUCUCUAUCUUUAUUAAUUGUUCCUUUCAUUCCUGCCACAAACUUGUUUUUCUAUGUAGGCUUUGUGAUAGCAGAGCGUGUCUUGUAUAUACCUAGUAUGGGCUUCUGCCUUCUGAUUACUGUGGGCACCAGAGCCCUUUACAUCAAAACCCAAAAGCGUUUUUUGAAGAACUUGAUUUUUUUUGCCACUGCUGCAUUAAUUUUUUUCUAUGGACUCAAGACUUUUGUCAGGAAUAGGGACUGGCAGGAUGAAGAGAUGCUGUAUAAGUCAGGGAUAAAAGUAAAUCCAGCUAAAGCAUGGGGUAACCUUGGGAAUGUUCUGAAGAGCCAGAACAAGAUUUCGGAAGCUGAGAAUGCUUACAGAAAUGCCUUGUACUACCGCAGCAACAUGGCUGAUAUGCUUUAUAAUUUAGGAUUGCUGCUUCAGGAAAACAGCAGGUUUUCAGAAGCACUACAUUACUAUAAAUUGGCCAUUGGAAGCAGACCUACUUUAGCCUCUGCCUAUUUAAACACUGGUAUCAUCUUAAUGAACCAAGGCAAGGCUGAAGAAGCCAAGAAGACAUUUUUGAAGUGUUCUGAAAUUCCUGAUGAAAACUUAAAAGAUCCUCAUGCUCAUAAGAGUUCUGUUACCAGCUGCCUUUACAAUUUGGGAAAACUCUACCAUGAGCAGGGACAGUAUGAGGAUGCUCUCACAGUUUACAGAGAAGCAAUACAGAAAAUGCCAAGGCAGUUUGCACCACAGAGUUUGUAUAAUAUGAUGGGAGAAGCCUACAUGAGACUCAGUAGAUUGCCUGAAGCAGAACACUGGUAUGUGGAAUCCCUGCGCUCCAAAACAGACCACAUCCCCGCUCAUCUUACAUAUGGAAAGCUCCUGGCUUUAACAGGUCGUAAAAAUGAAGCAGAAAAGUAUUUCUUAAAGGCAAUUCAACUAGAUCCCACAAAGGGAAACUGCUACAUGCAUUAUGGCCAAUUUCUCUUAGAAGAAUCACGCCUUAUAGAAGCUGCAGAGAUGGCAGAGAAGGCAGCUGAGCUGGACAAUACAGAAUUUGAUGUCGUGUUCAAUGCUGCCCACAUGCUCAGACAAGCCAGUCUCAAUGAAGCAGCCGAGAAGUAUUAUAAAAGGGCAGCUGAAUUGAGACCUGAUUAUCCAGCUGCCCUGAUGAAUCUGGGAGCAAUUCUUCACCUCAAUGGCAAACUCCUAGAGGCUGAAUCAAACUAUCUCCGUGCCCUUCAAUUUAAACCAGAUGAUGUCAUCACACAGUCAAAUCUACGCAAACUCUGGAAUAUUAUGGAAAAACAAGGCUUAAGAACAUCUAAAGCAUGACAUGUGGGUAAAGAAACCCUUGAUGCAAGGGGAAAGGUGUAAAAAGUCAAAUUCAGAACAACCUCCUGGGUACUAUAUUUUGAGCACUCUUGUUCAGUCGGACUGUAGUUGUCUGUGGUUAGAAUUGCUGCUAGGAGAACUUACAGGGCUGCUUUUUGGUGUGACAUUUUGACAAAGAGAGGGAGCUGGGAAUAAUCUGAGGAGCUUCAUGAAAGCCUUGAUAGUUUCUGCUAUAAGCAAAAAAAUGAAAUAGAUUUGAAGCUGGAGAACUUGAAAGGCACCCUUUCAGCAUAUUCAUCAGGUCAGCCUAGUCAUUUUCGCAUUGCUCAUUCGUAUGUGGUUUCUCAUAGAAAUUCACACUGGCCUAUAUGACAUCUAUCCAGUCAACAUGGGAAUUUAUGAGAGGAUAAAGACUAGCUUAAGUUAUUUUCUGAGGCUGUAACCCAUUAAAAGGUAUACUAAAACCAAUGUGUUUGCAAUUUGUCUUAAUAUUGUGUAAGUCCUUGGGGCUUCCUGCUUAUCUCUUUCACAGACUAGCACAACUACUGGAAAAAGAUUGGAAAGAUAUGGAAUUUGGAGUCUCUUAACAAAUUUGAUAAAAUUAGUGUAUAUUAUGUUAACUGAUUGUGGUUUAGCUGUUGCAAGUGUAAUAAACAAGAGACCGCAAACAGGACAUGUAAUGUUGCAUUCCCACUCAUGCAGCAGAAAUAUACCCAAGUAUGAAGAACUCAGACAACACCUAUCUUGUUCAUAUUUGAUGUGUGUAUGGUCUUAGAAGAUUAUCACUGAAUGAGGAGAGCUGAGCACUCCUCUGCCCCAAUUUACUCCAAUGCUUACUGUUUCUUUGGGUACAUUUUUACUCGAUCCAGACAUUUUCUGGAUCAGAGAAUGUCAGCAAGAAAACUGCUAUAGAUGAUGGCUUGGAAGACUGGGCAGCUAGGAGAGGAUCCAGCUCAUUUAAUCAACAUGCAUCAUCUCUUGAUUUACCAAAAAGGCCUUACCAUAUGAACAUAUACCACAUUUUAGCUGGGAAUGAUAUAUGUUUACAAAUAAUGAACAUGUACAGUCUGCCACAUCUAGCUUAUCUCUAGUACCAUGAGUAAGUUAGAAUGCUAGUCCCAGUUUAAGCAGACCCAGAGAAUCAACACAAGUACAUAAAGUUCAUAUUGGUCUAAUGAGGCCAUACAGGUUCAAAUUAAAUUUAGUCCAGGAUCACUCCAGGUUACAAUAGUCCAGGUUGUUGUAACACAGUUUUCAUUAGCUGUAGAGGAAUAUUGGACAGUUCAGUCCAAAAACUUCAGAGUCACAUAUUUUUCAACCCUGGUUCAGAUCAUUAGAAAUAAGCCAAGAAUAUAGUGUAGGACAAUCUGGUCCUAAUACUGCUCUUAAACAUGUUCACACAUCUGUAACAUGGCUGUUCUGUUCUAUUCUGUUCUAUUCUAUAUCCACCCACAGUUUAGAUUUUCUGUUGAAACAUACGAUGCAGCAUUGCUUACCCAGGACAAUUGCAUUACAUAGUAGAUCUGAUGCACAGCUGGUCCAUGCCAAAGUUCAACUGUACUCAUGUUGUUCCUGUUAAAACACAAUACCAAACUGUUAACAGUAUCUCUGCCUCCAGAUCUGUUUCCUGUGACUGGAACAAUUUAAGGAGGUGUGCAGUAGGUGCAUAUGUUUUUGAAAUGCUAGGGUUGAGACUUAUCAUCAGCCUGUGAGAAGGCAAACAUUUUGCUAGAAGCAGCAAGAAACUAAAAGGAUUUAAUUAUCUUAGCAUCUAGUGAAUUCACUGGGUGUUAGACCAAAAGGGAUUAUGUGACUGACAAUGGUUGCCAAUUAUUAGUGUAUAAAUUUUACAUUUUUGCAUAUGGAAAAACAGUUGUUCAGAAUCUAACCCAAUAUUGUAUUUCCAUGUCUUCAUUUCAAUCAAGCAAUUAUUUUUAAAAAAUAACAUUUUAGCUUGUUACCAUAGCUCUUAUGAUAUGCAUCAAAACAUUUUUUCCCAAAAAAAAAAAAAAGGUCUGCUAGAUUAUCCUUGGCUCUCCCAGAUCAUUUACCAACUAGUUUGAUUUAGUGAGGCAAAUUGCUUGCUAAUUAUAUAAAAAAUAUUAUAUUCCAGCAUUCAUUCUGACACUUUUGGGCUAAAUCUGACAAGUUAGUUCAGGUGUUUUGAAGUAAUUGGCUUUACCCAGGAGAAUUUAUUUCCUGUACCCUAUCACAAACUGUUAUUAAAACUCUGUUACUGAAGCCAUUUCCAAUGCAAAUAGGAGUAAUAGGAUUGCUCUUCAAGAAAUGUGGAGGUAUUCAUGUGCAUCUUUGCAUCUUAGCCUUAAACCUUGGGGCACACUUGAACUAAAGAAGAUUGAUGGUCUCUUAUAAUCCCUUGUUUGUACAAAUCUCCACUUAAUUGUAUAUUGUUCAAUUUCUUUAAUGCAAGACUAACACAUGGUUGAAACUUUAUUUUCCAACUGAAAGAAAAAGAUUAAGUCAGUAGCAAAUGUUUCACGAUUGUUGGUAGCCCCCUAAUUUGUUUUUUUCACACUGUUUUUAAGUGUAUAAGGUGUGUAUUUGGUGCUUAGAGAGAAGCAGAAACACAUUUAUUCUGUGCUUUUUAGACACUCUGGCUAUCUCAAUGUACACAUUAAGGGAUUUUGGCAUAUCUUUCAUAACCUUUUCACAAUUUUCAUCCUCGUUGUAAUAGUUAAAAUGUUUUUUUCUCUAUUAGAAGCAGUAUUUUCUAGCAAUUAUUGAUGGCUGUGUGCACCAUCUUUCAAUUUCUGCUACCUUACGUCCUAAGCUCCCACCACUUACUUUUGGCCCUUGUGCUAAAUGAAUGACCUUUAGAUUUGGUCCAUGGUUCAUCCUUCAAAAGCUCUUUUUAUACUAAAAUGGAAAAACGACAAAACUAAAAUGCUAAAAGGCUUAAAUUCAACAUUUUCAGUGUUUCAGGUGAAAUUAUAUAACAUAUUAGCUUUGCGCCCAUUCAGUGCUUAGCAGCCAUUACGCAGAGCAACCUUUUUGGAAAUGUGUAAAAAUAAAUGCUGUUUUAAUGUCUAAGACUGAAUUUACAGGGCAAUUUUCUGCAUGUCUGUUUAGAAAUAAGUCACAUUGACUUCAGUGAGGCUUAUUUCCACUGAAGUGUGUACAGGAUUGCAAUUAAAAGUGUAUAAUGAUAACAUCCUGAAACUUGUUAAAUUUUAGCUGUCAAAUUCAAGUACAGCUUAUAACAUUUCAUUUUUAUUUUAGCUUUGACCUUCUUGUAUUUUAUUUUUUACAUUUGUUUCACAAUUUUGAUUUGCACAGUAUUAUCAAACAGCGAUAUGGACAUUAAAAAAGAAAAACAGAAAGAAUGUUCCAUGUUCCUCCAUGCAAUUUCACUAUAGGGCUGGGCUUCAUAACCUUCGUUUUUGGAAUAAGUUUAAAAUGUCUCUGCUCAGGGAUUUGUGGUGGCUAUUGCAGACAGUGCUUAAAAAUAGAGCACAAGUUUACUAAAUUAAAUUUUUAUUUUUUGAAAAAAGCUGUUAUUUGUAUAAAUUAUCAAGAUUUGUAGGCUUUCCUUUUUGUAGAAAUGAUUGUUUAUGUGCCAGAUAAGAAAAUCCAAUUUGUUUCAGUAAUAAACGAUUGACAACAAA